GCGCGAGAGCGAGCAAGCAAGCAAGGAAGAAGGGACGUGUCCCUACUGCCACCUCUUUCCCCCCGCGGAGGGAUAUUGGUGUGUUCGUGCGUGUCUGCGCUUUCUCUCUCUCCCUCCCCCCCCACCAAAAUAUUGAGAGUUAAGAGGCAGCUCCUCCGUGUAAUUGAGCCCAGAAGAGAGCAGUAUCGGUCGGAGGCGGAGGUGCUGCUGCUGCUGCUCCUCCUGCUGCUCGGUAGGGCGAGCGGUCUCACUGCGGUGCUGGAUUGAAUUCAGAGUCACCACACGGGCAGUUUCUAAGAGGGGAAAAAAAAGACCAGAGGAGUGGAUUUUUUAUAUACCUUCGUCGCCAGGCUCCAGCUUGGAUGGGUUCCUUUUAAACCACGAGAACAACAACAAUAAUAAAAGAGAAGGAAAAAUUAGGACUCGUUGUCUGCGGCUGAACCGAGCAAAGGAGAUCGUGGUGUUUCUUCAUUUUAUUCUAUUCCCCCACUCCUUGCAAGCGCGUGUGGGAUUUUGGUGUUUCGAAAGGACGCAGUUCAGUUUUCACCUGGAUUCUGCUGUAUUAUUAUUAUUAUUUAUAUUAUUAUUAUUAUUACUCCUUCUCGCCGGAAAUCCCGAUUUCUGCUUUUUGAGAGAGGAACAGAUAUCAUCCUCAGAGGAACUAUUCUGAACUAUUUGGAGGGGGAAAGGAAAGAGGGAGAAGGGAGAUCCACAGACAGUUGCUGCUUACAAGUCUCCUUUUUUUCCCCCCCUCCUUCCCAAUCUUGGGAAGGAGGCUGCUGCGCCCCUGGCUCUUCUCAAUUGCGGGCAUCAGCAGAUACUUUUGUGAGAAGGGCUUCUUCAUUAUUAUUAUUAUCAUUUUAAUUCUCCGGUUGCAUUGAAUCCCCAAACCGAAAAGAGCACUCGGAUCUCGAUUCCUAGCGGGUUUUUCGUGUUUUUUUUCCUCACCCCCCCUCCUUUGGUGGUCGCUUCGGAAGAUGUUACUCUCCAAGUUUGGCUCACUUGCUCACCUUUGCAACCCAACCAGCAUGGAUCACUUGCCGGUGAAGAUCCUCCAGCCAGUGAAAGUGGAGAAGGAGCCGUUCGAUAAAAUCUAUCAAGUGGGCUCCGUGCUGGGCAGCGGGGGAUUUGGUACAGUCUAUGCCGGGAACAGGAUCGCAGAUGGCUUGCCGGUUGCCGUGAAGCAUGUGGUGAAGGAGAGAGUGACCGAGUGGGGCACAAUAGGUGGAGUAAUGGUGCCCCUGGAGAUUGUUCUCUUGAAGAAAGUGGGUUCAGGCUUCCGUGGGGUGAUCAAGCUGCUCGAUUGGUACGAGAGACCAGACGGCUACUUGAUCAUCAUGGAACGGCCAGACCUGGUGAAAGACCUCUUUGACUUCAUCACUGAGAAGGGAGCCCUGGAUGAGGAGACAGCAAGGGGCUUUUUCCGGCAAGUGCUAGAGGCGGUGCGCCAUUGCUACAACUGUGGUGUGGUGCACAGGGACAUCAAGGACGAGAACCUCUUGGUGGAUCUCCGGACAGGGGAACUGAAGCUGAUCGAUUUUGGGUCUGGAGCCAUCCUCAAGGACACUGUGUACACUGAUUUUGAUGGAACACGAGUGUAUAGUCCCCCAGAGUGGAUCCGCUACCACAGAUACCAUGGAAGGUCAGCCACAGUGUGGUCAUUGGGUGUCCUGCUGUACGACAUGGUCUGUGGAGACAUUCCUUUUGAGCAAGACGAAGAGAUCUUGAGGGGGCGGCUAUACUUCCGAAGAAGAAUUUCACCUGAAUGCCAGCAGCUGAUCAAAUGGUGCCUUUCACUGAGGCCUUCUGACAGACCCGCCCUUGAGCAAAUCUUUGACCACCCGUGGAUGCACAAAUCAGAAGUUGUGAAGUCAGAAGAUUGCGACAUAAGGCUACGGACCAUUGACACUGAUGUGUCCAGCACAAGUUCGAGCAACGAGAGCCUGUGAAAUACUGAGGACCUUGCAAGGGGAGGGGAGCUACAAGCAGGAGGAAAGGAAAAGCAAAAUAAACCAGAAAACAAACAAACAAACAAAAAAGACCAGAGUGCUGCUGUUGCUGCUGCUGCCAAUAUGUAGGAGGGGCUAGGAAAAACAAAUGCAUUCAUUAUCCUGUAGUUUGAAUCUUUUUUCAGAGGGAAUUGAUUUUUAUUUUCCCCCCCUUUUUUGCUGGUUUCUGCUUUGGAAUGAACGAUUUCCUUUGGAAACACGGACGUUUGGGAGUUUGCAGGCCAGUGCUUAGUCACGAGACUGACCUUUUUCUUAAGAAAAGCAGUGACCUCUUUCAAUAACAUGGUAACCUUUUUGCUCUCAUAGAGCCUGGACUAGAUUUUAUUUGCUUUUUUGAGUGCCUUUUUGAAAGCUGCUUCAGUGGGACUUUCUUUUUUGAGCUGUGUAUGUCCAAAGAAGAUCCAGUACAUUAUAGGAUUUGAUGCCCUUGAGUCCCUCCAAGUGCUGGAGGAAGGGGGAGAGCAGCUCCUAUAAUGCACUGGAAAAGAUGUUCAGUGAUUGAAUGAAGUAGUCCCAUCCACUGGCGAUGGAAUACUUGAACACAGACAUUUCACUCCUCCCCAGUUCUCUCCCAGCCCUCCUCGACCCCCACCCCACCCUAAGAGACAACCUCUGCUGCUCCACACUGUAUUUCCAAUAGGCUGCACAGGUUUUCAGCUGUUUUAAUCAGGAACACUCUCAUAUUUCAUUUCAUCAUCUCUACCACUGGGCACAAACAAAGCAAACAAAAAAGAGGCCCCUUAUCAACUCCCUCAACCUGCAAGUCUUAAAGUAUGUAUGGGCAUGUUAAAUGCACAAUCAAUGCAAUAUUCAAGGACUUUGUGUGUGUUUUUUCCAUACCUGUAUAAUGCGUUUAUGUACAUUUUGGG